UGGCAAUUUCGAGAAAUGAGUUCUUCGUCGAUAUACUGCGAAAUGCAAACACGCAGCACGAUAGGUACUCACCAGACUCGAAAAAUCCGUUAUAAUAACUUCUCAAUAAAACGAACUGAAAAGUCUCCUAGUAGAAGGUGGACCUCUCUCAACGGAGAGGGCCCCUGCACUAGGGGAAACGAUGAGGCAACUCUCUUUGGGCACCGUUUGUGCGCUGCUACUUGCCCAUCGCCCAGUUUUAGCGUUGGACGUCGUGCAACAUGUACGUCGCCCGAUCUCUCUGCUCAGCGGUGGCCGUGCGCCAGCAGAGUCGCUAGAUGCAGGAUCGAUUCCAACAGUGAUGGAAACGAAGCCGCAUAGGAAGAACAGUACUAGAUGUUGUUGAAGAUCAUAAUGGAAAUAGAGCAUACAGAAGCAAGUUACAACUUUCUUACUGCAAUAUAACAUCACUGUCUGGGUCUUCGAUCAUAUUACAUUAUCUUAAUAUACCCCGUGAGUGGGUACAUCUAUCUAUCUAUCUACUCAGGCGAAGAACACCAAUACCAAGAGGCAGUUGUAUCUCUGGUUGCCGUGAAAAAUACGGCUCGCGCAGAACAGAAAUCCGGAAUUCCGAGUGCAACUCCUACUGCUAGUGCAACUCCUACUGCUCAACAACCGCUUCUUACAACCCAGGAUGAGCAUCCUGAAAUCAAAGUUUUCGAACUUCCGGAUGGAGAGAGCUUCGACAAUAACCUUACUAGUGCUGACGAGGUAGAUGAGCAAGAAGGACAAGCACAGCAGGACGAUGUUGGGUUGUCUAGUAGAACUGCUGUUUCUUUGUCGGAGAUGACUGGAAGUAUGAACAAGAAGAACAAGGGUGGAACUGGAACUACAUCAUCAUCAUCACGAGGAUCUUCCUCCUCUUCGGAAGAAAAAGCUGUAAAAGGAGAUUUCUCCAACAUCGAUGAUUCUGUCGAUGAAAACGGCGAAGAGCAUGAAGCAGUCACCAAGGUAGAAUUGGACGUCAUGAAUGCGAUGAACUUACGUCGUCGACGCCAACAAGCAGCGGAACAAGAGGAGUUUCAGAAGGAGUUUGCACGAGGCAAAGCAGCGCAAGCAGCGAAACAGAUGAAAAAUGCGGAAGUAGAAGCGGCCAAAUUUGUUGGACGAAAGGCGAGGACCUCGUCUUCUGCGACAAGUAAAACUUCUGCUUCAAGAACUCCUUCGUCUCGCAAUGCUGUAGCGCAACAGAAUAUUCACCUCACGGAGCUGGGUCGUCGGGAGACUCAGAUGCCGAUCGCGCAGCCAAUGGGCGGGUCCGGAGACGGUGCAGAUACAAUGAGAAAGAUAAGAGACGUUGCCUCCUAAGAUCACAAAUAAUAGAGGUUUGAUAACAUCUACAUUCAUUUCUUUUUACUUUUCCUAGUUAGGCUUAGGUUGGAUCCACCCAUAUAAUAUUAAUAGAGGUCGUUUGAUAACUGCACUUGAGUAAUCAAGAACAGACUACAACACGAAGUUUCCAUCCGCUCCACCAGACUACAACUAUCUGCUUCCUACACCAGGUACUAGCGGCAGCGGUCUAUCCUCCCCAGCCUUGGGUCCUCGGGGCCAGAAACCCAAAGGCUGGGAUCAAUGUGUCAAAUUUGCGAGACAAAUCAAGCAGAAUGGCGUGACCGGUACCGAGUUGAUCCGCACAUGGAAAGCAACGUGCGAACCCGCUGUGUUGAGCGGGGUGGCGGGGGAACGGUACACUUACAUUCUCGAAAUGGUGAAUUUUCUGCUACUAUCCUUCCUUUUUCUUUUCCUAGUUAGUUUGGCUCCACUGCUAGUUGUAUCAGUCCUCCAACAAGGCUUGUCAUGUUCUUGUAAAGGUGGAAGCAUUUUUGUCUGAGUUUUAAUUACACCAUUCCAGCUUUCCUCAUGAGAACAAACUACCGACCUGCUCGAUAAUCCCCCAACUUGAUGAUAGUCCGACCACGACACCAGGCGCAACGAACUACAAGUUCUUAAUGCGUACUCGAAAACUAAACAUAAGCGAGUUACUGACUGAAAUCAAAGAGUCUUGACUACAUUCCUCUUCAUUUUUCAGCACCUCGCUUAUUUUAAGUAUGAAGCCAAAAUCUGUUAUCAUUAUCGUACUUUUCUACUUAAGAAACUUGAUAAUGAUAACAGAUUUUCGCUUCCUAUUAAGUAUUUUAAGGACUUAGUUACUCCUCGGUUAAUCAAUGUUUCUCAGUAGUUUAUCGAAUAACUCGCAACAGGUACAAGCUAAUGUGCGUAACUCCUUCAGGUACAAGCUAAUGUGCAACUCCCUUGGUGGUGCAGUGGAACCGUUUUCGAAGCAAGUGGACUACAACGUUUUUCAGCUAUGCGAUAGCGUUUUGACGGUGUUUCAUGAUGUUCUGGCGUGAUCUGAUUUUUCUCGUUGUCAUCACUUUUUUCUCUUGUGAUGGUCGUUGUAUGUGCUCGUGGUUAUCAUGGAAUGAUGUUGAAAAUGUACAGUUACAGACGCUGCUUGCUACUAAGUUGAGAUAUAUAAUCUGAUCUAAAUCUACCAAACAAAAUGAACAGAUUGAUAGCUGUUUCAUCCAAAUUUUACCAACGAACGUCAAGGAACAAAAUAAGCAAACAUGUUGAAGAUCGGCCUACAGAAUGCAUAGCAUCAAAUAAAAGUGAUAUACGCAGUCAUCGUUUCAUUUUUUUCCCAAGUUCAAUCCUUCAUAAGUUCGAUGAAGGUUUUAAGGUUAUCCAUUAGAGGAUCUCUGGUGAUAAUCCGUUAUCAUGCUGUACAUUGUGUAGCACAACGUGUUCAUACUUAAUAAUUGCUAACCUAACAGUGCCUGUAUUUCUCGGCUCUUAUCUCUUGCUUACCAGCCAUUAGAGGUGGAUCUCCCCGAACUCCUGCCACGCGAGAGCAAGAGAGAGCAACACGAGAGCAACAGACUAUAAUUGUAAGUACC